GAAUCUGUAUCGACAAAGGUUUCUCCGCCCCAAUCAGCACUGUCGCUCAUGCGUACUAGUUUUGAUUCCCAUGACUUUGGCUUGACUAUGGCCUGUGGUGAAUCACCUAGAGGCGUGCUGCUGCACUCAACGCCAAGAGGCGUAAUCCAUUCAUUACCCUGAGUUUUGAGGUUCAAGUGCUAGGAAGUAAUUGUGUAAAAGCACUGUUAUUCGAGGAUGGCUGCUUAGGGCCUCUCACGGUACUUGUUGGCCUUACAAACACUUUAUCGGAGCUCAAGGCUAACAAUGGGCUUUUUAUCUUGUUGUUUUAGUGGUAAUGAGGCGACAACGCAGGUCCUGAAGUCGCCUCAAGCGGUGCAGCUUUAUCCAUUUGGGUACGAUGAGGCACACCUUCAGACAUUACAGAGAGCGCUGGCUGCCAUUGAGGGUGACGGCUUCGAAGGGCGAGCGCCAUUUUUGACAUCCAUCGUUAGACAGCAUCUGGGCGGCACAGCGGUAGUAAGGCUUUUCGGCCUAACACAGGACGAAGCCGAUCCCACAACUCAGUAUCUCGUCCAGCUGUCAGCAAGUGCCGUACCCGGUAAUGCCGUGCAAGGGUACGACCAAACGACCCUUCCAGGCCGCUCGUACGCCAUAUCCGUACAAAGCCAGCCUUGCGGUGCUGCUGCGGGUGCAUCUGGCGCAGCUGCACAUAUCGUGGCCUCUUCGCCGCGUUUUGGAAGCGAAAGCGCGUCCGCAGCGUUGUUUCCGAAUGGCUCCCCACGUCUCGACAAGGGCAUGGGAGGGGCGGGUGCGGCUCCUCCGCUCCUGAUGGAGCAGGCGGUAGCUGGCAAGCGCCCCGCCAUGUACCACCACCCGCCAGCGGAGCAGCAGCAAACCUCCAGUGGUGGCGGCGGCGCUGCCGUACGACCCGCCUCGGCGCCAUCAUCGUCGUACGGCAAGUCGCCUCCGUCAGCAGCGGCGGCCCCCUCCGCCGCUGCCAAACUGAUCCCAGCGGACUGCGCCGCCGACGCCGCUUUGCUUCGUGCCGUGUUGUCCACUAGCGGCGGCGGCGGUGCAGGAACGGGAGGUGCAGCGGCGGGAGGAGCAGGGGCGGUGUUGCCGGUUAGCUUCGCAGCCCUGCCGUUGACAUACGGAAGUCGUACCAUUGGGGUUCUCUGGAUCGCUGCUGCUGCUGCCUCUGCUGGCAAGGACGUUAACAAUAACAACCACACCAGCAGCAGCAACGUAAGCGAUGAUAAGAAGCCAGUGACGAGUAACACCGCCAACGGUAACGGUAACCGUUGCAGCGGCAGCACUAAAGCCAUGCAGCAGCUCCUCCGCAGCCCAACCGCGCUAGACCAGCUCUCCCUCUCAGCCUCCCUCGUCAUUGCAGCUGCUGUGCCCGGCCCUGACUACAUCGCGUGGCUGUGCGCCGCACUGCGUCGCCUCGCCGCCAGCACACACCUGCAUUCACUGGUCUCGGGCAUUAAUGCUGCCAUCUCGCAGCACGUGCGCUGGCGUUACUUGUGUGACGCUGCCGUACAAUCAGCGCUCGUUCCGGAUCCGGAAUCCCCCGUUGGGUUUAUGUUGUACCCGGAAACGAAGGCAGUGGCGGCGGCGGCAGCCGCCGCCGCAGCGGCGGCGAGCCGUCUGUCGUACGAUUUGUACGCGUCGUCGUCGGCGGUCGUCGGCGGCGGCGCGUCGACAUCUCACGGCGGUGGGGGCGGCGGAGGCGGCGGCGGUGGAGGCGACCAAGAGGGCUCUGUGCUGCCAAGAGCCAAGUCCAUCACCGUGGCCACGCUCAGUCGCCGCACCCUGCGCUACUCCUCCGCGCAGCUCGCCCUCGCGCGCCCCAUGCGCAGCGACAGUGACAGCGGCGCCGGCGGGCCACAACAACCCCAACCGCCGCAUCAUCACCCGCGAUACAACAACAACGGAGUCGUUAUAAACAACUACCCACCGCAAACCGACCAGCAAGGCGCACGCGCGCGGAUCGCCGCCGCCAUUGCGGCUUCCGUCUCGGUCGGCGGCGGCGCAGGCGGCGGCGGCGGCUCGGGUUACCGGCCCUCAGGCGGAUCCGGGACGGUGUUAUCAUUGUCCGCCAAGGCCUUCCAACUCUCGCACACGCUGUUGUCGAGACUGGUAGCGAGUAAUGUGAAGGCGGCGGCGUCGGCGACGGUAACAGUGGCGACGGCAGCGGGCGCGGCGGCGCCGCCGCCGUCAGUGGGCACCAGCGGCGGCGGCGGCGUGUACACCCCCGGUGGUAUUGUCGUACAUGAUACGGCUCGUCACGUGGCGGAUGUACGGCAGCCGUCGCGUGACGUCUGCAUGCUGAUGGCGGCGAUGAAGGCAGGCAGCGGCCACCAGGGUAGCGGCGGCGGCGGCCCCCACCAUCACCCCCUUAACGCCGCAAACAGCGGCGGCGGGGUCCCCUGGGGCAACAGCUACAGCAAUGCAGCUAGCGCCGGCGGCGCCAGCAGCCGGUUCAACGUCACAGGUAACGGCUACUACGGCGGCGGCGGCGGCAGAUGUGCUCACAACGCCGGCGGCGGCACUGGUGGCGGCGACAGCCCCUCACUCGGCGGCAUCCUGGGCGGCGGUCGUGUUCCCGCGGGGGGUGCGGCUUCGCUGGUUCUGAUGUGCAUGGAGGUGGCGGAGGGCGGGUGCGUGCUGGGGGUGUACCUGGCCUUCCCCGCGCUCAUGCCCGCUGCGCUGCUGGCGGCGGUGCGGGGCAGCUGCGGACAGCUGAUGGGCAUGAUGCUGAUGGGGCUUGUACGGCACAAGCUGAGGUCGCCCGAGCUAGCCUCCGACUUCAGCACCCUCCGCGCUGGGGUGCCCGGCUCCUACAUGUCCAUCCCCUGCUCCUCCCUCGCCCGGUCAACCGCGCCGUACGACUACAGCACCGCCCCAACCGCCAGCGCAACCGCCUUCAACCGCCUUCUGCAACAGAGCCCCUCCCUGCAGCACCACCAUUCCCACCACCCCCCAGCCAGUCCCUUCACGCGCCAGCAGCAGCACCCCCCGCAAGCGGGCGGCGGGGCGGCAGGGGAUCCCCACCCACCUGGCCUCAGUCCCAACUCCUCCCGGCGUCGUCUCAGCUACGGGCGAGGCUCCACCGCUGCCGCAGGAGCAGGGGCAGGAGGGGAGCAGCCGCAGCUGCAGCAACAGCAAUCGAUGUACACGCCGUUUGCAAGGCAAGCCAGCAGCAAUGGAAGAGGAGGCGGCGGUGGAGGAGGAGGGGGGCUGGAGCAGCAGAUGCAGGCGCAGCAAGGGCAGCAGGCUCAUCCUCGAAGGGAGUCGAGGUUGGGGCUGUUCCGCGAGAGGUCGAGUCGGAAGGAUUCCCCCGUCCGGCGCGGCUCGGAUGCGCGGAGGAGCAUGGACCUGGAGUGGGGUGUGGCGGGGGAGGCCACCUCCGCCACCCGAGCCGCAUCAGGCAUACCCAGCGGCGGCGGCGGUUGCGGCCCCGGCGGCUGCAGCAUCGCCCCCGGCGGGCCCCUCUCCCCCCUGGGCAGCGGCGUCAGCUUGGGCCCCACCGGCUCCCACACGCAGCUGGAGUCGGGCGUGCUGCAGUACUCCAUGAUGGCCGGCGGGGGAGCGGGCCUCGCGACCCACGGGUCACCCUUCCCUGACGGCACUCCGCCCUCCAACGGCCGCGUCAUGCUGGGCGGCCUGGCCAGCAGCCUGGGUGCAGUGGGAGUGGGAGUGGGGGGAGGUGCGGGGAGCGGUCCGCUUGGGUCGGCCACCUCGCACCACCAGCUGCACUUGCAGCAGCAGCAGCAGCAGCCGGCGAUGAUGACGGUGCAUGACCUGGAUGAGAACUGGGGCAUGCGGGGGAUGAUGGGUGCGCUGGUGGAGAGUGUGUUGGCGCAGCUGCGGAACAGCGCGUCGGACAUUGCGGACAGCAGCGCAUGUGCCGACGCCGCCGCCCGUGUUGCCGAGGGCCUUCAGGACCUGCAGCUGUCCCGGGUGCUGGGGCACGGGGCCAGCGGGGUGGUGCUGCGGGGGCUGCUGGGGACGGUACCCGUGGCGGUCAAGCUCAUGGAGAUGCCGGAUGCGGACCAGGAGGAGGCGCUGCUGGCCUUUGAAACCGAGCAGCAGCAGCUACAGGAGCAGCUGCAACGGAGACAGCAGCAGCAGCAGGCACGGAAGGGCCCGGGGCGCCAAGGCAGCAGCAGGCCCUGCAGCAGCGGCAGCGACGGGGAGCAGCUGCCGGGGGAGGGGGGCGCCGGGCUGCCCACAGAGUCUCAGCAGGUUCGCGCCCGCCACAACCUGCUCCGCAACGCCACCGAGCUGGCCGUCAUGCGGAGUGUCAGCCACGUGAACAUCGUGCAGGUGUUUGCGGUGUACGACAAUGUGAUCAUGGAGAAGACGGAGGGCCUUACGGAGGGCUUUGCACUGCGGCGGCUGGACACCAAGAACCCCAAGACCGGCGGAUCUCCCAUAUGUACGGCAAUCGUACAGGAGCUGUGCGACUGCGGAUCUCUAGCGGAUGCCCUGGCGGCCCGGACCUUCCCCGCCGUGCUGAUCGUGACAGCCACUGCUGCUGCCGCCACUGCUAAUGGCGCUGCUGGUGCUGCUGCUGCUGCUAACGGAACUAUUGCCGCUGCUGCUGCUGGUGGUGUUGCGGGCAGCCCGAGGAAGGAGGGUCAGGGUGUACGUCAGGAGGUCGAUAUGCGGGGCGUGUACCUGACGCUGUUGGAGAUAGCGCUGGCGUUGCGCCACCUGCACGCCAGGAGGCUGGUGCACAGAGACGUGAAGCCCGACAACAUCCUGCUCAAGGCCAGCCCCAACGACCCACGCGGCUGGACGUGCAAGCUAGCGGACUUUGGGUUCGCAAUCGUGCUGGACCACCAGGAUCCCUCACCCGACCUGCCGCAUGGCGACAGCCCCUCCCCCGUCCCCGCACCGGUUCCGGCCCCCCUGAGCAUGGUGGGCCGCAGCAGCAGCAGCCGCAGCCCGCUGGGCGGCAGCAGCUUCAUCUCCGGGGCGGCGGGCAGCGCAGGCGGGGGCGGUGGGGGUGGGGCGGCAGGGGGAGCAGGAGCGGGGGCGGGAGUGAACCCGAGGAGCGGCAGCUGGUACGCGAUUCAAGUUGAGGCGGGAGGAACGGUGACCCACAUGGCUCCGGAGGCGGUGCUCAGGAACUCCCGCAUCGACGCCUCCAUCGACAUCUUCUCGCUGGGCAUCAUCUUUUGGGAGCUGGUGUGCGGCCGCGGCCGGCGCCCCUACCCUCACCUGGAGCCCGAUGACAUCCCCGCGGCGGUCAUGGCGGGACAGCGGCCGCUCUUCACCGCUGACGUGCCCCUGGCCUACAGGAACAUGGCUCAGGCGUGCUGGUCGCAUGACCCGCACCGGCGCCCCCGAGCUGCGGACGUGGUGUCGUUCAUCAAGUCGCAGCUGGCCCAGCUGGGAUGAGGGGCGGGAGUUGGAAGGAGGGCAGGAAGAGGAGGCGGGGGCCUCCGGAGGAAAGGACGUUAACGCGGUCGAAGCCCCUUUCGACUCGCGGUAUGAAGGCAGGUCUGUCGCUGGUUGCGAGUGCUGGAAUGCUGAUGGGGUUGUUAAAUACUGACCUUUUGGUUGGAAGACAUGUUGAAAAGAAGACCGAGAAGAAGGAAGGAUAAGAUCUAAUCUUACUCUACGUGGUCAGGUUGGUCUGGGGAUUGCUCGAAGAAAGAAAGAAGAUGGAUACCCGGACCUGUUGCACUUGACAGGUGCCGAAAGACGCGUUAAGUGAUGACCGUACACGCUAGCUGCAGUACCGUGCACCAAAGCAAGGUUAUGACAAUCUCUGCAGUAUAGUAUCCAUAUGACAUGUACGAAAAGAACUGUUAUUGCGGUGCGUACGUGACCCCUUGCUUGGUUGUGGCGAUUUUUCAAUCGGCGUCACACAGUUUUCUGUUUUCUUAUGGCAACGCCAUUUUGGCAACCCUGCCUUCUUAUAUUAAAAGAAGUAGGGGAGGUUAAUGCUAUAAGCAAAGAAUGAAUGCGUUAUUGUUGUUGUUGCUGCUGCUGUCAGUGUGUUGUGUUUGCUGGUGCUGGAAAGGGCAGUACCGGGUUCGCGAUGGGGAGGCAAGGAAUGGCUUCGUUGGGGUGCUUUGGGGGUUGGGGGUGCACCUCUGUGGGUACGCAUGCAGGAAGAAGAAAACGUACGAACGGAAGGCAUCUACGGCGGUCGACUUAACUUAAACGAUCAUGCGAGUAGUUCGUCAGUGAUUUCCUGUGUGCUGCUUUUGUGAUCCACACGCAAGCACAUCCCCAGCGGACAUCCCGCUUGCAUGUGCGGGGGUCAGCGGCUGUGUAUGUAGGCGAUGCCUGUCCGUGUCAUGAACCAACUGAGUCCCCCCUUUUACCGGUAGUGACCAGGCGCGUUAAGAUACCGGGUGUGUUGAAAGAAAACUGGCCGGGUGCGUGAAGAAAACUGGCCGCAUGUGAAGAUCACUACCUCACCACAACUCAGUUGCCAUGGUAUGUUCGCACCUGUCCUAUCUAUGUUUUAGGUUUGCCGCGUCGGACUCUAUGUGAAUGAAGGCUCUCGCUCGCUCUCGCUUGCUCGCUGUCAUUCUUUGGAAUCGAGCCCGGCUGUCGUGACUGUACGAGAAAGCCGUUACGGGGGUUUGUUGAGCGUUACUAAACCCAUUUUGGCUGUUGCUGGUAGCUGCAGUGAACUGUGCGGGAGAGAGAAGCGGCGGUGAAACCAAGAGGUAGGUUGCGGUAGGGUGCGUGUGGGCUAAAGUACCGAUGCCUUUUGGCUUGGGGGAGUGGUCAUGGAACAGGGGGGGGCUGCCGCACCCUUUGGCAGAGGCUGGGAGCGGAUGUGGGCGGGGGAGGAGGAGGCGAAUGAUAGGGGACACUGCCGUUCCGACAGCUGUGGUUGCCCGGGUGUGGAGGUUUGGACGGGAGGAAGGCGGCCCUGCGGGUGUGACAGCAGACGUGACACAGCUGACGUGACACGUUGCGCGAGUCUUAUGGGCGGGAGGAGACGUUGUUUUGUGGAUGUUGUGAAUUGUGAAUUGCCGUACGGAACACCUGGCAGGACCGGGUCUUGUGCGUGUGUGGCUGUGAAGGUGCAGGGUAACGGCGACGUGUGCCGAACAUGGAGUGUGUAUUUGUUGGGUUUGAGGCGGAGGGGUAGGAUACCCCCGCGUGUGUGUUACAAUAACUGGCCGCGAGGCGAAACGUACUGUGAUUGCCGCGUGUGUGUGUUUGUGUGCGGAGGGGGGACUUGUUUACGGGGCCGCGGCAGCUUUUCUUGGUGGCAAACGGUGCAUGACGGUUUUCCUGCCAUUUGGCUGACAUGCAUGCCUGUGACACCUUUUAUCCGUGACCCCCACCAGACGAGUCACAUCUUGUUUGGCUUGGAUGAAGAGGUUGAAUGGAGCUUUUGUGUGCCUCGAUUCUGACUACGCCGUUAAGCAGUCCUUGUAGACAAACUAACAAUUGUAAAGCAGGCGGCUUUUCACAUUGCUGUAUUGCUGUAACGUCUCCAAACGUGG